AUGAUGCUGCGAAAAAAUGGCGAUUUUCUCGUUCGAACAACUGAGCCAGUAGCUGGUCAGCAGAGAGCGUUCGUAUUAUCAGUGAUGUUUAGGCAAGAAUUGGAAGAUCAAGGGGCUAAACUAGAAGUGUUGACGAAAGAGCAAAUCAAGGAGAUUAUGCAUGAAGCGCGAUUAAUGAGAAAUUUUGACCAUCCGAAUGUUGUGAAGUUCUAUGGUGUUGCAGCUGGACAAGAACCGCUGAUGGUUAUCAUGGAACUGGUCAAUUGCGGCGCUCUCGAUUCCUAUCUACGGAAGCAGGAGCAACCAAUCGAAAAGAAAAACGAAAUGAUACUUCAGGCCGCAUGGGGUCUUGAGUAUCUGCAUAUGAAGAACGUUUUGCACAGAGACAUUGCAGCACGGAAUUGCCUAUAUGGUGAUAAUAAGGUUAAAAUUUCCGACUUUGGUUUAACUAGAGAAGGCACUGUUUAUCAAAUGGACCCGCACAAGAGAGUACCAAUUCGUUGGCUCGCUCCCGAAACGCUUAAAAUGGCUAUUUACACUCAAAAAACUGAUGUGUUUAGUUACGGUAUAAUGUGUUGGGAGAUAUACAACAAUGGUAUAGAACCGUAUCCAGGAAUGACAGUUGCCGAAGUUAACCAAAACGUGAGGGAGGGCUAUCGUAUGGAGCUCCCGGUCUAUAUUGCUCCUGAAAUCCAAAAUAUUAUCAAGGCAUUCUUUCUCUCUAUUUAUUCCACAAUGUAG